AUGUCAAACCCAAUUGGUAUGUUGAAACUAUAAUCAAUUGAGAAUAUUAUUACUAACAAUUCUCUAGUUCUUGAUCAAGGUACUGGUUUUGCUAAAAUAGGUAGAGCAGGAACUAAUUUUCCUGAUUAUACAUUUCCAUCAAUUGUUGGUAGACCAAUAUUACGAGCCGAAGAAAGAAAUAUAUUAAUUCCAGAUGAUAUUAAAAUUAAAGAUAUUAUGUGCGGUGAAGAAGCAAGUAAAGUGAGAUCAAUUUUACAAAUAAAUUAUCCAAUGGAGAAUGGGAUCAUAAAAGAUUGGCAAGAUAUGGAACAUUUAUGGGAUUAUGCAUUUUUUGAAAAAAUGAAAAUUAAUACAACUGAUCAAAAAGUAUUAUUAACAGAGCCUCCUAUGAAUCCUUUAAAAAAUAGAGAAUUGAUGUGUCAAAUAAUGUUUGAAAAAUAUAAUUUUGGUGGAGUAUAUGUUGCUAUACAAGCGGUUUUGGCAUUGUAUGCCCAAGGUUUAAGUUCAGGUGUUGUUGUUGAUUCGGGUGAUGGGGUUACACACAUUGUUCCAGUUUAUGAAUCAGUCGUAUUGAAUUAUUUGACUAAAAGAUUGGAUAUUGCUGGUAGAGAUGUAACUAGAAAUUUGAUCAAUUUACUUUUUAGAAGAGGUUAUGCAUUUAAUAGAACAGCUGAUUUUGAAACAGUUCGACAAAUAAAAGAAAAAUUAUGUUAUGUUAGUUAUGAUUUAGAUUUUGAUACAAAAUUGGCUCAUGAAACUACAACAUUAGUUGAAAAUUAUGAAUUGCCAGAUGGUAGAAUUAUUAAAGUUGGACUGGAAAGAUUUGAAGCUCCAGAAUGUUUAUUUCAACCUCAUUUAGUUGAUGUGGAACAACCAGGUGUAGGUGAGGCUUUAUUUAAUACUAUACAAAGUGCAGAUCUUGAUAUAAAACUGUCUUUAUAUAAAGCUAUUGUAUUAUCAGGUGGGUCUUCAAUGUAUCCUGGUUUACCAUCAAGAUUAGAAAAAGAAUUAAAGCAAUUAUGGUUAACAAGAGUAUUACAUGGAGAUGCUUCAAGAUUAGAUAAAUUUAAAGUAAGAAUUGAAGAUCCUCCUAGAAGAAAACAUAUGGUCUUUAUUGGAGGAGCUGUUUUAGCAAACAUUAUGGCCGAUAAAGAACAUAUGUGGAUUACAAAACAAGAAUGGGAAGAACAAGGUCCAAGAGUUUUAGAAAAGUUAGGUCCUAGAUAA